AUCACGAAAGCUCCAUCCGAUAUUUCACUAAAUAAUUCCCCAAAAGAUGUAUGACAAGAAGGGUGUACAAUACAAAUAGUGGGGCGUGACAGCUGUUUCAAAUGCGGUAGAAGGAAAACGAAACACGCUCGGUGUCCUCCAAGGGUGUCUCACAUCGUGUAACCAAGGUCCGCACAGAAUAACAGCAGCAGCGACCAUGAAAGUGACGGUGCUAGGCUUGUGCUUGGUGUUGAGCGCAAUAUGCGCUGUACGUGCCCAGUCGUUGCAGAAUCCUUUAUUUUGUCCUUUAAGAUUGAGACUUAAGGCUGAAGUACUCCAGUGCACGGUGAGGAACCUGGAAGAAAGAGACCAAAACCGAAUGAUCAGGGUUAUGACGUACAAUGGCUUGGAUUACAACCAACUGGCAUGGUGGAUUUGCACGCCGCAAGCAGAAUUCGCAUUACGGAAAGUAUUUACAAGAGGACAGUUACAAAGAAUGACUAAUGCUGGCAUUAGGUGCAUACUUUAUUUGUACCGAGACUUUUAUAGGACGACCGACGAUGUGGAACCAGCAUUCACAAGCACACCAGCACCCGUAUCAACGUACGAGUGAUGCACUAGCCACAAAUCUGAAAUCCUGAACAGUUCUUCAAUAAAACAACUGAAAUAAUAACAGCAU